UAGUCUGACUACCAACUGUCUAUCAAGCGGCUAGUAUUUAUACUCCUAUGUAAACAUGAAUGAACCAAAGUUUCGGUUAUGCUUCUUUUGACAAGGUUUCUUUCCACAUUUGUUACUUGGUGUAUUUUGGAUAGUCACUUUAUCUUUGCAAAUGUCAGAGGGAGUUAAAGUAGCGAAAGAAUGCGAGCUAGAAUAUGAAAAGCUGAAAAUGGACAAGAAAUAUCAUUACAUAACAUUCAAACUGGACAAUCAGAUGGAAACCAUUGUGGUGGAAAAGACAUUAGACCGAGGCCUUUGUGAUUCAGACGUUGCGUACAAACGAUUCCUCCAAGAAUUAGUAGAGACAGGUGAUUGUCGAUUUGCUGCUUUUGAUGUUCAGUGGCAACACCAGCUCGAACUGAAGAACGAUAUCGUAUUCUUUUCUUGGUUACCCGAAAACAGCCCUAUGCGCAACAAGAUGGUAUAUACUUCAUGCAAAGACUAUAUAAAGAAAGCGCUAAAACCCACUACAGAAGUACAGGGAACAACAAUUAAUGAAUUCGAUUUUGAAAUAGUAAAAGCCAAGAUCAUUCUCGGCAAAAAAUUUUGAUUUUAUGAAUUUAAUCAUUUACUCUUAUCACAUAUUGGAGUUGUCUUUUUUAGACACUUCUUAUCAGUUUAGACAUGGGAGAUAACACCUUUUACCUUAAAAGAAGUUGUAAGGAAGAAAACUCGAUAUCUUUAAGAGACUUUAAACUUUAAUUAAGGUACAGAAGAAAUUUCUGAAA